UGUAAUAUGUUGUUGACGUCAGUUUGUCUUCCAUCCAACAGCAUGGCUCGUGGACACCAGAAAAUCCAGUCUCAGCAGAAAAACGCCAAGAAGCAGGCAGAGAUCAAGAAAUCCAAAGGCCACGACCAGAAGACCGCGGCCAAAGCGGCGCUGGUGUUCACAUGUGCCGUCUGCAGGUCGCAAAUGCCAGAUCCCAAGACCUUCAAGCAGCAUUUUGAGAGCAAGCACCCCAAGAGCCCUCUUCCCCCAGAGCUGGAGGGCGUGGAGGCGUGAACGGCCCGGACACCAGAGGCUGAUGAUUGUAUAAGACAUCACAAUAAGAGUCCUGAUCUCAAAUUUUAUUCAGCAGGACACGAUCAGCGCUCUUACCUGAGUUUUAUACAUGCAUCUUCCCCUUCGUUGCAGACAUGAAUCCCGUGGAUCAAAGACUGAUGACGUUUAGCUUCCUUCUCUCAACACUGUUUCAGAGCACUUGCCUUGGCUACGAUCAGAUCAGUGUAUUACCUCAACCUGCGCUCACACGCUUUCUUUUCUCAUCUUACUUGUGUAAUUUAAUAGAUUGAGAGAGAGAAAUUAGAACACUACCAGUGAUCGUCAGUUGAUCAUCAGUAACAUAAAUGUGGUAGUUACGGACAUAUUUGUCUGCUUUUGCGUGGAAGAUAAGUCAUAGAUGAGUGCAAAUGGACAUGGAAGUGGUUUCCCACUAAUGACGUUUAGCCUGGGCAAAAACUUUUUACUAAUUUACUAAUAGUAAACUAAAAAUUUACUAAUUUUGCUUUCCACCGAUCAAUCUCUUUUAGUCCAAAACAAACUGGUUCUGUACACUGCGUUUCUGUAAAUCACUGGAUGUGCCCGAGGUUAUUGUAUUCUUAAUUUAAUGUUGCUGCAAAAGUUAUUUCUCUUUGGAAUGAUCUCAAAAAAAUAUUGCCUCAAUGUUUGAUAUUCCUGCUCAAGCCGCCUGGUUUCCACACCACUGUAAUAUAUCUCUUUAAUAAAAUUUUACUUUAA